UUGUCCAGUCUAGGUUGGUCAUGGCUCACAAUGGUUGACGUCUCCCAGCUCUGCUCCUAGAGCUUGUUCCUAACUUUGCGCUCUUGCCAGACGUGCUUUCUCACGGCCAGCUAUCCGUGUUGGCCGUAUGAUGGACGAUCGGUACGGCCGGUCAGGCAUGGCUGACCGGAGGCACGAGUUUGUGGAUCUGGGAACGGAGGAGCGGAGAAUAUGGCCGACGAGGAAGGGCGACGAAGAGUCGUUAAGGAUUGAGGCGAGGACGUCGGCGUAUAUGAUGGAUCCCCUCGGCCGCUCAGCGAUUGAUUUCGAUUAUGGCAAGGACUCGCAGGGAUCCAGCGGAGGCGUGGUGUGGAUAUCGAACCUUCCCGACAACGUUAGAGAACGGGACAUUGCCUCGCUCGUGGGAGAGGUUGCUGAGAUCCAGAUGGAUCCUGAGACGCGAGGGCUGAAGACAAGGCUUCACUUCGACGGACGGGAUGGAAUGGUGGCGGAAGUAUGGCUGCAGAAGCCAGGCUCGGAUCAGCACGUCGUCAAGUGGUUCGACGGCUAUGUCUUCCACGGUCUUCGCAUGAAAGUGACCAUGGAUCCUCCGGCCAAUUUCACCUCCGCGUUUCCGCGCGACCUGCCUUCCGCACCAGCCGACCGCCUCGCUCCCCCCGCGCCCGAUCGACUCGCCGGGUUCCCAGAUCGGGCUGGUUUGCCGCUUUCAGAUCGACUCGGGUUACCAGUCGCGGAUCGUCUCGGGCUACCCGUUACAGAACGGCUUGGCGGUCCUGUUAACGACCGGUCUGCCGGUUCCGUUUUGGACCGGCUUGGGAGGCCAGCAGGUCUGGUUUCAGGGUCCCCCAUUGGAGGCCCGGUGCCGGACCGGCAGAGAGGUCCGGUGGCAGAUCGGCUAGGAGGUUCGGUACCAGACCGACCCGGAGGCUCGGCAGCGGAUCGCCUAGGCCCGUCAGGCUCGGAUCGCUUCGGAGGACCUUUUCCAAAUAGGCAGGAUUAUGGCUCUUCGCGGGGGGAUGACGUGGCAGAUGGGUACGGGAGCGGCCGCAGGAAUUCAGGAAGCGGACUUGACGCGGGCCGCAGGAGCAGCUACGGUCAGGAGGAUCCCGACGCGGGCGGGCUGCAGCGGCUUCGACACGACAUGGGGCUGCAACGGCGGGAGCUGUCGACUGGCGGAACGCUGCUUGCUGUUCGCGGAGCGGCGGAUGACGAGGCGGGCGGAAGUGGCGGAAUGAGCGGUAGCGGCGGAAUGGGCGGGAGUGGCGGAGUGGGCGGGAGUGGCGGAAUGGGUGGUAGCGGAGGUGUGAGUGGUGCUGCGGGUUUGAGUAGAGGGGGGGUCAAGGGCUACGGUGGACGAGGAAGCAGCGAUCUGGAUCCAGUUUCAUCUCCGCCGUUGAAUGCCGUCGUGUCACCACCGGCGGGCGCAGGAAGCGGAGCGGAAGGUGGGCGCGGAAGCGGAGCGGGGGGACCUAGGCGGUUGGGCUCUCCGGAACGUUAUUUCUCACGGGAAGAGGCGCGGGAUGGGAGGGAUUCGGGGAGAGAUGGGGGGAGAGAUGCGGGGAGAGAUCUGGGGAGGGACGGGGGGAGAGACGGGGGGAGAGACGGGGGGAGAGAUGGGGGGAGAGAUGCGGGGAGAGAUCGGGGGAGGGAUGGGGGGAGAGAUGAGGGGAGGGAUGCGGGGAGAGACUCCUAUGGCAGAGGAUCACCCCGUGGGGGCGCGAUUAGGGGAAUGCGUGAGAUUGAGCAGCGGCGGGGGGAGAUGGAGGGGCGGCUUGGGGAAAUGGAGGGGCGGCGGGGGGAGAUGGAGGGGCGACGGGGGGAGAUGGAGGGGCGGCGGGGGGAGAUGGAGGGGUUCGCGGAGCAGCAGCGGAUGGAGGAGCUGGUCGCCGCGGGCAUGGGGCUUGCGGGGAUUCCGCCGGGCGCGCACGUAGCGGCGGCGCAUUUCGGCGCGCGCAUGGGCAUGGGCGGAGGGUUCCUGGGCCCGCGGGGGAACCCGAACGUGCAGCCGCGCGAGGGAGACUGGAUCUGCGUCGAACCCAUGUGUGGCAACCUCAACUUCGCCCGCCGCGUCCGCUGCCACCAGUGCGGCAUGCCCCGCCGCGAGCAGCCCCCCAUAGUCCCCCUACCCUUCCCCCCAGACCUCCCCCUCCACCGCAUGGGGGGUCCCCCCAUCCCCAUCCACCCCGCCCUGGGAGGCAUGCGAGGGGGAGUUGACGGACCCAGGUUUGGUAUUCUAGACGGGCAUGGGCUUUCCGAAGGGCACAUGGCGGGAGGAGGUGGUAGGGAUGUUGGUUUUCUGCCAAGGGUCGGUGCUGGUAGCAGCAGGGAGUACGGGGGGGAUGGCGGCAGGGGGAGCGGGCGGCGGGGGGAGUAUGAUGAACGACCAAGAUCUCGAGAAGGGAUGGGGAGUGGUGGAGGGGGGUAUGAUGGCGGAAGGAGGGGGUUGAGUACGAGGGAGGAGUAUAUGGGACUGGAGGGCGGGUAUGGGAUGGAGCCCCAUGGGAGGGGGAGGGAGUGGAUGGGGGGGAGGGAGAGGGGGAUGGGCAGGGGGGCAGGGUGGGAUGUGGCGGGUGGUGCUAUGGGGCGAGGAGGGCACGGAGGGCACGGGGGGAUUGGAGGGCUUGGAGGGCAUGGUCCGAUGUUUGGGGUGAGAGGGAGGGAGGAUGGGAAGGCGGGGGGCAGAGACUGGGACUUGGAGAAGGAUCGGGCUCUGGAGAGGGCGCGAGAGAGGGAGAUCAUGCGGGAGAGGGAGCGGAGGAAGGGGAGGGAGCGCGGCAGGGAGAAGCUGGGGGAGCGGGAACGGGGGGGGCAGGAUGGGAGGGAGGGGAAGGAGCGGCGCGAUAGGGGGGUGGAGGAGGAGGAAAGGGGCAGAGACAGGGAUAGUGACAGGGAGAGGGAGAGGGAGAGAGAGAAAGGCAAAGGGGGAGAAGCUAUCGGGGGGCUUCGAGAAGGCAGCAACAACAGCAGAGGGAAUGGCGAGAGGAGGGAGGAGACGGCAAGGCGGGUGCAGUCCCCGGAGCGGCGUGCGGUGAGAGGGGAUGUGGGGAAGGAGAGGGAGAGGAGCCGGUCCCCCCGUGCUCGGCGAUAAGAGAUUUGCCGGAAGGAACACCAAACGGUUAAGGAGUUUACGGCAGGCUGAAUGGACUAUGGAUCUCCAUAGCCCUCGUGGCCCUAUGCAGAUUGCUAUGCAGCUGUGGUGUGUUAGUGGUAUGCCCAUGGGACUGCAGUUGUUUGUGCAGAAGAGAACCUCCUUUGGGUUCUGCCCAUGGGUUCUGGGAGGGAGCCUUAAGGCACAGGGGCAGGCAGCCAGGAGCAGCAGUGACGACCACUGUUGGGGAUCAGCAGCGCUCUCUUUAGCUUAUUGUGGUACUUGCUUAUUCUAGGCCCGGUGCCCUUCUUAGGAAGGGCUCUUUUCUGUAGGGCGAGGGGUAUUCUGUAGGGUAAGUCGUGCAGUGCAGCCGCUGGACAGGGUACGGUUGAUGUGGGACGUGGGAUUUUUUGGGUCAGCUGAUGUGGACAGUGGAAUGCAGUGUUUCUAAACCGACAUGGCUUUUUCAGCAGCGCC